GCAUGACAUUUCAACGCACCAAUCACUUGCGGAGGAGCUGAUUGAGUCUACUUCCCUACACUCGAAUAGCUGAGAGGAAAAGGACGGACAGCGAUCUCGCACGGAUAUCUCAUCAUCAGCCGAGUCUGCACGGUCAGAUCGCCCGUGAGAGACCUCCGAGAUACAGCGGGUCGUCGAUAUCUCUUUCGACCCGGUCACAGUGUCUGCUGCAGGGAGAUGGCCGGGAUCUUGGCGUGGUUUUGGAACGAGAGGUUCUGGCUCCCGCAUAAUGUAACCUGGGCUGACUUAAAAAACACAGAUGAGGCAACGUUCCCGCAAGCCGAGGAUCUUUAUCUGGCGUGUCCUUUAGCAUUCUGCAUCUUUAUGAUACGGCUGGUUUUCGAAAGGUUUAUUGCCAGACCAUGUGCCAUGGGCCUGAAGAUCCAAGCCAACGGGCCACAAAAAGCACAGCCCAAUGCUAUCCUGGAGAAGGUUUUCACUGCCAUAACCAAGCACCCAGAUGAGAAGAGGUUGGAGGGCCUGUCCAAGCAGUUAGACUGGGAUGUGCGGACCAUCCAGCGCUGGUUCAGACAACGCCGCAACCAGGAGAAGCCCAGCACACUUGCCCGAUUCUGUGAAAGCAUGUGGAGAUUUACAUUCUAUCUAUACAUAUUUACCUAUGGAGUGCGUUUCCUUAAAAAGAGUCCAUGGCUUUGGAACACUAAAGAGUGCUGGUACAACUACCCUUACCAGCCACUGACUGUGGACAUCCAUUAUUACUAUAUACUGGAGCUGUCUUUCUACCUGUCUUUACUCUUUUCCCAAUUCACAGACAUCAGGAGGAAGGAUUUCCUGAUCAUGUUCCUGCACCAUGUGGCAACAAUCUCCCUCAUCACGUUUUCCUAUGUGAACAACAUGGCACGAGUGGGAACCCUGGUCAUGUGUCUCCACGAUGCAGCCGAUGUGCUAAUAGAGGCUGCCAAGAUGGCCAACUAUGCCAAAUGUCAGAUACUGUGCAACCUACUGUUUGCAAUGUUUGCAAUUCUCUUCAUAAGUUCCAGGCUGGGAGUUUACCCUGUCUGGAUUUUAAAUACCACCUUGUUCGAGAGUUGGGAGAUUGUAGGGCCCUACCCGUCUUGGUGGGUCUUCAACCUGCUUCUGGUCCUGCUGCAGCUUCUUCACUCCUUCUGGUCCUACCUCAUAGUGAAGACAGCAUGCCGAGCCAUCUCCAAAGGAAAGGUGGGAAAAUGGAAUCCGUUACAUGUGUCUAAAGACGACCGCAGCGACAUUGAGUCCAGCUCUGAUGAGGAUGACAGCCCCCCACCCAAUCAGAAGCACCACAACAGCGCCACCACCAAUGGGACCAACAAAAAUCACGGGACCAACGGCUACCUGACAGGAGCCCCAUAUCCCGACGAACACUGACUAAGCUGAUAUCACAACACUGGAGCCAUGCUACAGACACCAUCCAUCAAUCUGUGUGUGUGUGUGUGCGUGUGUG